CGCCGCUCGAAGCCGGACGUCCGGCCGCCCAGCGCGCUCGGGCCGGAGGAGCGGCGUCUGCGGCGGUGCGGCCAGCUGUCCUGGAGGUGACUUCCUGUGGCUCCAAUGCGGUUCCCUGUGGCAGCCCCUGCGGCCGAGCGUCGUCCCCUGUGCUUGUUGGCCAGCCGUUGUCAUCUUUGGAGAAAUAUCUUGUUCUUAUUGCUGAGUUGUGAGAGUCCUGCCUUUAUUCUGGAUGCCAGAUCCUGACCAGAUAACGCUCCCGUGAACUCCUGGCAGUGGCCCCACCAUGUCUGGGCCCGGGACCUCAGAGCAGGAGCCCAGUGUCCAGGGAGACUCGCCCCCCGGCAGGAGGGAUGAGGACGCCGGGGAGGGGACCCAGAGCUCCCACCGCAUGCUCGGCUUUAGCGACGCACUGCUAUCCAUCAUCGCCACUGUCAUGAUCCUGCCCGUGACCCACACAGAGAUCUCUCCAGAGCAGCAGUUUGACAGGAGUAUGCAGCGACUCCUGGCCACCAGGAUUGCCGUGUACCUGAUGACGUUUCUCAUUGUGACCGGUGCCUGGGCCGCGCACACCAGACUAUUCCAGGUUGUUGGGAAGAUAGACGACACACUUGCUUUGCUCAACCUGGCCUGCAUGAUGACCAUCACCUUCCUGCCGUACACGUUUGCUCUAAUGGUGACCUUCCCUGAUGUGACCCUGGGCAUCUUCCUGUUCUGUGUCUGUGUGAUCACCAUCGGAGCAGUGCAGGCACUGAUUGUGGGAUACGCCUUCUACUUCCCGCACCUGCUGAGCCCGCAGAUCCGGUGCUCCGCCCACAGGGCCCUGUGCAGGCGGCAGGUCCUGCGCAUCAUUCUCCGUGGCCCAGUGCUCUGCCUGCUCGCGGCUGUCUUCUCCCUCUUCUUCUUUCCCAUGUCGUAUCUGCUGAUGGCGUCCGUCGUCUUCCUCCCUUACGUCAGCAAGGCCGCCAGCUGGUGCAAAGACAGGCUCGUGGGCCGAACAGAGCCCACAGCUCACCGUGUCGAGUUCUUCACCUUGGACCUGCACGAGCCCCUCAGCAAGGAGCGGGUGGAAGCCUUCAGCGACGGCGUCUACGCCAUCGUGGCCACCCUCCUCAUCCUGGACAUCUGUGCAGACAGCAUCCCGGACCCCAAGGCCGUGGCUUCGGACUUCGGCGGCAGCCUGCUGGCUGCGCUGGGCGCCCGCGGGCCGCGCUUCCUGGCCUACUUCGGCUCCUUCGCCACCGUGGGCCUGCUCUGGUUCACCCACCACUCGCUGUUCCUGCACGUGCGCAAGGCCACGGGUGCCAUGGGGCUGCUCAACGCGCUCUCGCUGGCCUUCGUGGGCGGCCUGCCCCUGGCCUACCAGCAGACGUCCGCCUUCGCCCGGCAGCCGCGCGACGAGCUGGAGCGCGUGCGCCUCAGCUGCGCCAUCAUCUUCCUGGCCAGCAUCUUCCAGGUCGCCAUCUGGACGGCGGCCCUGCUGCGCGAGGCCGAGACGCUGCGGCCGGCCGUGCGCUUCGGGGGCCCGGAGCACACGUUCAUGCUGGCCAAGCUGGCGCUGUACCCCUGCACCAGCCUGCUGGCCUUUGCGGCCACCUGCCUGCUGAGCCGCUUCAGCACCUUCAUCUUCCACCUCACGCAGAUCGCCGUGCCCUGCGGCUUCCUGCUGCUGCGCCUCCUCCUGCGGCUGGCGCUGGCCGGCCUGCGGGGCCUGCAGGGCCUGGCCCGACCGGCCCGUCCCCAGCGGGGCCCCCCGGGCGAGGCCGCCGCCAGCGCCGACGUGCAGUCCCCUCUGCUGCCUGCGCCCUGCUAGCGCCCAGCCCACCCAGGACAGAAGGGGGCUCCGGGCAGUGCAGGCUGCAGGCUGCAGGCUGCACUUGGGCAGGGCCUGGGCUGUAUUUUCUUUGUGGAAAUACCAUGUUCUUGUCAGAGCAUGCGCACUGUUCACU